CCAAGUUGCAAGUUGUUUCAGCACCUGCGGUGAGAGCGGUCAGCGGUCGGUGACUGCAGGUGGCUCCACAGGUCGCCUUCUAAUAAUAACCAGAGGAAUGCAUAGAGCACAUGCAAAACAUCACGAAUUAGCAACUUAAUUCAUCUCCUCCUCCGAUUCCAGUGGCAACGCUGUGGUGGUCAGAGUGGUGGAAUAGGCGCACUUCGCCUGUUGCUUCAAGGAAAUAGUGAAUAAAAAUCAUUAAUUCUCCUCAAAUCGUCCUCGCACUGUGAUGAAAGGCUGACCAUGGACUUGGAAACGCCUUACAAAGAAGGGUUCAUGCUGGUACCUUUGCAGUCAGGCCUUUUGAAAAAGAAAACAUGGCACAAGAGGUACUGCAAGUUAUUCAAAGCAACCAAGCACGGACUGCAAAGACUGGAAAUUUUUGAAACUGAUGCUGACAGCACCUGGAAGAACAAUAUAAUUAAAUUUGUCACCUUGGAUAAUUGCAUCAAAAUCUCUCCAAACCCCCAGAAAAAUCAGCCGCUGAGCUUUUCAAUUUUGGCUAGAGGCUUCACGCAAGAUUUCGCAGCACUAAGUGAUUCUGAGCUCUACGAAUGGGUUUCUUGCUUUCAAUCUGCUGCUUUCGAUAAGGACGACGGCAGUAGGCCAAGUUCAGGCGUAGACGAAUUUGAGGAGAGUAAUGACCUUUACUGUUCGGCGAAUGAAGGCGUUUUUACUGUCCAAGUGAUUCCGACGACGGCUUCAAAACGGUGUAAUCUCGUUGAUGCUGAUUACACGUUGGUUGUGACCAGGAACGCUCUUCAGCUGAGGACGUCCCUUCCAAAUGAGCGCCUGCUCUACACUUGGCCAUUCAUGUACAUCAGAAAGUAUGGCAGCAAAAAUGGAAUUUUGUCCUUUGAUGCCGGACGCAAGUGUGACUCUGGAGAAGGAACCUUCCAGCUGAAGACAGACCAGCAGAAGGGAGUCUUCCAGUGCAUUUCAACAACUAUGAAGAACUGGCGACAAAUGGCAAAGAACGACGAAAGUCAACUUCAGCUGUCUUCGUCCCAGAGCAUGAUUGUUUGUGGAGAUAGUCAGUUCCAGGCUGCCUUGAGUAUGGAACCCGGCUCAAGGACACCGCUUCCACCCUCUCCAACGACCGCCACCAACUCCUCGUUGGGAAUCAUGGCCGAGUUCAACUCGGCAAUAGAAAACAGUUCGAAGAACAAGCAGAAGCCCCGCAAGCCCCCUCGAAAAACCACCAAUAUCUCGCAACCAAAAGAAUACGACCAUGUUGAAGUAAUUAACCAUGCGUGGAAGACCCUUGGCAUUGACGACUUAAUGCACACAGAGCACGUCACAAAUGACGAUGUUGAAACCAACGUCAGGAAGCUAAACACUUUCAUGGAGGAGGCACCGCUGAACAAGCAGCGUACUUUCAUCUCCCAACCUUCGGUCGAGUCUUUGGAGGAUUAUGAUACCCUGCAACAUUUUGCUGCACCUUCGGCCAAUAUUAAGUUCACAAAUGACAUGGGAUUAUAUUCUCAGGUUAAUGAAGCACCACCACCAGUUGUGCCGAAAAAGGUCGAAGCUCCGGAACCGUUGUCGUGGAACGAGUACGAUGUCAUAGGUGUGGACAGCCAAGAGAGGUUUCGAGUUGCAGACGAUUCCCACCAAGGCUAUGGUUCCAUUCGCAAGGUCAGUCCUCAACCUCAAGUAGCGAACUCGGUCUACGCCGAAGUGGUGAAGCCGAAAAAAGUUUGAUGCUAGUCAAAAAUUACUCUCAUAUUUGUUCCAAAAGCUGCCCACGACCUCAAUCAAAUUUGAUACUUUUUUCUUCUGAACAUGGAAUCUGCUUUGUUUGUGUUUUACCCAGGGUUUGUUAGAGCUUCAGAUUCCAGACUGCUUAAAUCAUUUGAGAUGAUUGCAUUUCAUGUGGGUAGCGUAAUUAAUCAGUGAUCUACAAUUUAGCCCCUUAGACUGUCACGAGAAAAGUCAGUGUGACAAUUCCAUUGGGCGUCUGAGCUUGGUAAAAUUAAUUAUUGAUUUUGUACUUUUUCUUUUUUCUUGGCGCGACUUUGUAAAAUUUCAACUGCCUCAUAAUUGCAUUCCAAGGUUUAUCUCAAUUUUCAGACUAAUUAUUCACUAUUUUUUUUUUAUGUAAAGCAUCUUGAGUCUUAAUGAAGUGACUAAUUUUACUGGAUUUUAUAGCCGUUAUAUUUGAUCACAUUUUAUUUUCAAUACAUUUUUUUAACUGCUCUGCUAGGAUUUUAUUUUAUCAAACUUAUUUCAUUCCAUUUGAAUUUUAACUUUUAUUUUAUAUAUUAUUGUGCCAUUUGCCUGAUCUUUAUAGUGUAAUAUGAAAUAUAUUUUUAAUGAAGAGGUUCAGGAAAUGUGUGACCUUCCCUUUUCACCGCCAUAUGCAUUCCAACCAAGUGCCUUAUUAAUUAAGUGCAAUUUGCAGAACAUAUAUAACAAAUUGUUAUAAAUCACCUUGUUUUGUCACUGCAGAGUGAGCAUCACAUUACUGUAUAGACAUUUGUCAAUAAAUAAUAAAA